AUGGCCUGCUCAAACCAAUCAGCUGUGGACUUCAUCAAGAAUGCCUGGUCACUCCUGGUUGACCACCUCAAAAAUCAGGAACUGAUUGCUGACAAACUUAAAGAGUUAAAGGUGUUCAAUAUUGAUAAUGUCAGAGAGGUCACUUCAGAAAAGAAUCCUUCACAUCAAACCCGAAAUAUUUUAGAGUUUGUCACCAAAAAGGGGGAAAAAGCAAGCUACCUGUUCCUGAAGGUUCUGGAGAGUGAAAGAAACAGGACUUUACCAAAAAAUUUCAAACCUGAUUUGCAUCAGUGGAUCAGUUGUUUCUCCUUCAGAGAAGAGCCAAGCAUGCAGCCCACAGGCUCCAGACCUUGUCAACUAUACCAGAGUCAACUCAAAACAAAAGCCCAAACGAUACUCAAAACUCACACAAAACAAAUCAAAUCUGUCUUAGGAUGUGGGGAUGUGGAGCCCUUCUUUUAUGAACAGCUUGUACUUGACAGAGAGGAGCAGAGAUGCCCAGUGCCAACUAAAAUUAAUCUGAAAAGCAAGAAGUACAAGAAAUGUCGGACUAAAAAGCUCUCUGCAUAUAUUCCACUGAAUAAACCUAAGUUAUCUCCUGAAGACCUGCUGAAAUAUAAUGGGGAAGAUAUUCUGCUUGUUGGGAAACCAGGUAUCGGAAAGACAACGACCACUCUAGAAAUGAUUAAUCUCUGGACAAACAUGACAAACAGAAGACUGAACUAUUUGUUUUACUUUGAUGAGACAACACUUUCUGUCACAUCAAGUUUGGAAUCUCUGCUAUUUGAUGCGUAUGUUCAACCAGCAAGUUCAGACAGAAAAGAGGUGCUACGGGACAUCGAGGAGAACUCUGAACACGUCAUCAUAAUUUUUGAUGGUAUCAAAGAUGUACCUUCGAACUCCCUCCUGCAUAAGAUAAUGAACAAAGAACUUCUUCCUGAUGCCAAAGUGGUGUUAACUUGCCGACCAGAAUAUGAGGAGAUCCUUUCAGAGAGGGAAGUCUGCAGAGUGUGUGUGCAGGGGUUCAGUCAAGAAUCCAUCCAGGCUUACAUGUCCCACGUACUCAGGAGUAAACCUGAUGCUGUGAGCUUAAUUAUGGGGAAUCCUGAGCUGCGUAGCCUCUGUCAUGUCCCUGUUCAUGCACUCAUGGUUGCUGCCUGUAUGCUGUUUCCCAGUGCUGAAGCUCCUAACCUGUGCACAGCAACUACGAUCUAUCUCAACAUCUUCCGACAUGUAAUGAAGAAAUGUCAACAAGGCUUAAGGUUGACUCAACUAGACAACUUUAUUCAGCGCAAAAGAGAGAAGAUACUGGAUUUGUGCAAACUUGGUUUCAAUGCAAUCAAACAGAAGUCCAUAGUCUUACAAGAUUGUGAUGACAAAGACAUUGAGCUUAAUUUUCUGACCCAGUUUGUCCUGAGGGUGGGCCCCACUAAGGCAAAAACAUAUUGCACUUUCCUUCACAACACAAUGCAGGAAUUCUUUACUGCUCUGUGGCUGCUUGAUAAUCCAGAGGAUAUUGAUGGAGUUCUUCAGGACUGCAAAAAUGAAGCAGGAAAACACAUGAGGCCUGUCAUUCCUUUCCUGAGUGGUCUCCUGUCUGAGAAGAAUGUCGAUGAGGUGAAGUGUCUGUUUCAAGAAGAGCACAUUAAACGGCUUUGUAGAGGAUUUCAUGGGAAACUUUUCAGUGCAUUCCUCCACACCGAUGCAGAACACGAACUGGCAGACGGGGUUAUCCCAGAAGACGACUUUCUCUUUCUCUGUCAGUGUCUGUUUGAAUUGCAGUCACCUCAAGCAUGUUCUGUCUUUCUCAGGAGAAUCAACUAUCAUUGUGAGUUGAUGGAUGGAUGCCUUGACCCCUAUCAGUGCUGUGCAGUGUCUUAUGUAAUCAGACAGUCAAAACAGAGGGAGAUUGUGUUAGACCUGGAGAAUUGUGAUGUUUCUGAACAAUUACUGAAGCUCAUUCUUGACUGCCGUCAGCACUUCCGGUAA